AGCUCGGGUGUCUAAGCGCCCCGUCCAUUCCUUGUCUCUCGCGUCCAUCUAGUUUCCCUGGGCCGACUUUUCGCUCGUCUGUCCGCUUGGCUGCUCCGCCACUGGCCUCCCAUGCACUAAAUCAUUUCAGUCGGUGCGCUUGGCCUCGUUUACCACCUAUAUGGCGCACAGCGCAGUGCACUGGCGGCACUGUCAUAUCUCCUCUAUCGAGUCGCGGACUACAUCGGCCUCAUGGCCCUUCUUUCUUGCUUCCUGGAAGACAUUGCCUGGUGCAUUCUACCGGGGAGCGUGCACCGUUACAUCUGGCCGCCUUACAAUAUCGCCGUCAUCGCUUUCAGAAAUAGGGAUCACAGUCGACACGGUCUGCUCGUGUUCGAGAGAGUCGACGACGACCUGAACGUGACCAUGAUUGAAGUGGAAAGGGGCAGAGGUCGGCCCCGGUGUGCUAGAUGCCCACGAGAAGAUCCACAGCGCAGUGGGCAUCAUGAGUUUUGUGCACGGUGCGGAGUGUGCUAUUGCAGCCAAAAGUGUCGCAAAGCCGAUGCACGUAAGCAUCGUCGUACUUGCCCUCCUGCUUGAUAGCAGCUCUCCGUACAGUAGAUAUUCCUGUCGCAUUGGUGCUGCCGUUUCUCAUCAUUCCUGCGUACGUUCCUCGACGCCCUCGUCGUAAAUAUCCUGUUACUUCACACACUCUUCAAUUUCGAGGAUAAUGGGCGCAUGAAAGGCCAAGAGCGCAUUGGCUUGAA